UAGUCAACCGCCCACCACAGGAGACUGGGGGACUUCCAUCUUUCUGGAUUUACUAUCAUUUCACGGAUAUUUGUGCACAAAGAAGACCAAAAUUUUUUUUUGGUGGGAUUACUGAACUCGGAGCUGGUCCUUAAUCUGGAAUUUUUUAGUAACAGCCAAYAGUCACAUGACUCAGCUGCUGAUUUACCUGAAAGGUUGAAGACUCAAAGAAGUAAAAAUGGAUCAAAACCUGUUUGGAGGAGCCCCCAGGUUUCUCACUCGCCCAAAGGCCUUCACAGUGGGUGUGGGCAAGGAUGCUACACUCAGCUGCACUGUUGUUGGCAACCCAACUCCAGUAAUCACUUGGGAAAAAGACAAGCUCAAGCUUUCGUCUGGGGGCCGCUUUAAAACUGUGGAAGAUGGAGACAUCUACCGUCUGACCAUCUAUGACCUCACGCUGGAGGACAGUGGUCAGUUCAUGUGUCGAGCCAAAAACAACAUCGGGGAAGCUUAUGCUGCCGUGACCCUGAAGGUGGCCCUCCAAACAGAGAUGUCUCAGAGGGCCCCCGUUUUCAUGGUGAAGCCCACUUCCACACGAGUGGCUUUAGGAGGAGAAGUUGUUUUCCACUGCCGGGUUGUGGCUCACCCUGAGGCKACMUUUGAGUGGGAGAAGGACGGGCGCUACCUAGGUGAAACAAACCGCAUCAAAAUUAUGUCCGACAGCGAAAGCAGCACCUUAAAGAUCCAAGGUGUGCGCAACCUGGACAGCGGCACGUUCAUCUGCAGGGCCCAGAACUCUGUCGGCCGCUCCCAGGCUGCUGCAGCUCUGGUGGUGGAUACUCAGGAUGCUCGCCACAUGUCUGCAGACAAGAGUACCUCUCUCCUCUCCCACAUGCAAAAGCGCAAAGAGGAAAUGAAGAAGGACAUCUCCAUCUUUCGCACGGAGGAAAACAGCUCCCUCUCCAAAGCCAACAUGACCGAUGCCCUGAGUUCCCUGAGCCUGGAGCAGGAGCUGAGGGCGUCUGCACUGGCCAGUCUACCUAAAGGUGUUUUCACCCGCACUUGCACUGUUACUGAGGGCAAACAUGCAAAACUCAGCUGCUUUGUGACGGGUCACCCCAAACCACACAUUAUCUGGAGGAAGGACGGAAGUAACAUCAGUGAGGGACGCAGGCACGUCAUUUAUGAGGAUCAAGCUGAGAACUUCAUCCUCAAGAUCCUGUACUGCAAGCAGAGUGAUAAUGGUCUCUAUACAUGCAAUGCCACCAAUAUGGCAGGCCAGACCUACAGUGCUGUACUGGUUACAGUCAAAGAGCCAAAGGUGCCAUUCAAGAGGAAACUGCAGGAUGUGGAGGUACARGAAAAGGCCUCAGCCACACUCUUGUGUGAGGUGCCACUCAUCGCCACUCAGACCGACUGGUUCAUGGAGGAAACUAGGCUGGAACAAAACACCAAAUAUCGCAUGGACGAGGAUGGGACUCUGCGUCGCCUUACCAUACAUAAUGUCACCACUAAUGACGAUGGAGUUUAUAUCUGCGAGAUGAAAGAGGGCAGCCGUACUGUUUCUGAGCUCACUGUCCUGGGUAAUAUCACAAAGAAGCUUCCUCGGAAGACCAUCGUUCCAGUCAGUGACACCGUCAUCUUUUGUGUUGAGCUGGAGCAUCCUUGUCCAGAUGCCUACUGGACUCGCAAUGGCGAGAAACUGAAGGAAGAUUCUCGUACUUCAAUCGCCUGUGUUCUUAGACAGUACACGUUAACAAUUAAAGACUGCCAGGCAAAUGAUUCUGGAGAGGUGGCCUUUGUGGCUGGAGAUUGUAAGACUUCAACGCGGUUCUCUGUYACUGCUCCCAGGAAGCAUCCUCCUGAUCCCCCAGUCGAUGCUGUGGUGCAGAACAAGACUGACUCGUCCAUCACCAUUCAUUGGUCUCCCCCUGACAGUGAUCGUCCCGUACCCAUAAAAGGAUACAUCGUGGAGAGGAGGAAGGUUGGUGCUUCUACCUGGCAGAGAUGCAAUGCUGGAGAAAUCCUCACAACCACAGAGAUCACCAUAAGCAGUUUUGCAGAGGAAGCUAGCUACCAGUUCCGUAUUUCUGCCACAAAUGACUUUGGCCAGAGUCCCUUUCUGGAAGUACCUGGCAGCUUCUACCUUGAACCCACUGCAGAAAUCAGRAAGGGCCUGAUGGACAGCUCUGCAGUCUCUGGAGAGGAAUUCUCCAUCUCUGUGGAGUUGUCGGCUGUUUGUUCAGGUUUCUGGUCCCUAAAUGGACGCCUCCUGCGGAGUGGAUCAGAAUAUCUYAUCACCAAAUCUAAGAACAUUCACACAYUGCUCAUUCGUGUCGUGACCAUUGAAAUGAAUGGAACCGAAAUCAAGUUUGUGGGUGGAGGUUCUCAGAGCAGUUGCAUCCUAUCUGUGAAGGCACCCCCUAUCAGGUUCACCAACAAGUCCGACCAUCCAGAGGUUGUAACCUGCAGYGUCCAAGAGACGGCUCAACUGAGUGCUGAAGUGUCAGACUACGAAACUCAGGUAUCUUGGUUGAAGAAUGGGCGAGAGGUGAAAAUGGGGAAGAAGUAUGAAUCCAUUAUAAGAGAUCGUAAGAGAAUCYUGAUGGUUCACAAUGUUACAGAGGAAGAUGUGGGUCUUUAUGAGUGUGUCUUAUCUGAGGAUAGGAUGUCARUUCAGCUGACACUGAAAGAUGAACCUGCCAAAUUUCUCAAUAAAGCCAGAGGCCCCAUGGGAAUGUCAUCAUCCCUUAAAGGAGAUCUUGAGCUGACCUGUGAGGUGUCUUCUGCAAGUGCYGUUGUUGUAUGGAAAAAAGAUAAAGUUGAAAUUAGUGAGGACCAAAGAACAACUAUCAUCUCCAAAGGGACCCAAAGGAAACUUAUCAUUAAAAGUGCCAAGAAAAAUGAUGAAGGAUAUUAUUCUUGUGAAACAGCAGCUGAUAAAGUCACAUUCCAUGUCAAGAUAAAAGAAACCCAAGCAGUAGCUGCAUUCUCCAAUAAAGAGUCAGUUCAGAGRGACGUCAAAGCCGUCCUCAGCCAGAAAUCAACACUUAGCUGUGAUGUGUCAGACACUAAGACGGAGGUGAAAUGGUACAAAGAUGGAAAGGUGCUGGAGUCAAGUAAGAGAAUACGCUUGGAGACCAAGGGUAGCACCCGUCAGCUKGUGAUUGAAAACAUCGAGAAGACUGAUGCUGGAGAGUACACCUGUGAAGCUGGAGGGGAUAAACUGGUCUUCAAGAUAAUUGUAUCAGAGGCUCUGCCUGCUUUCUGCAACAAGGAGUUAGUACAGAGGGAGGUGAAAGCCACUCUCUCACAGAAAACCACCCUCAGCUGUGAGGUAGCAGACGUGAAGACAGAGGUGAAAUGGUACAAAGAUGGCAAACUCCUGACUUCCAGCAAAACGGUUCAAACUGAAUCAAAAGSCAAGAACCGCCAACUGGUGAUUGACAGUGUGGAGAAGAAAGAUGCAGGAGAAUACAUCUGUGAGGCUGGGUCUGAAAAGAUGAGUUUUAAGAUCAAUGUGGCAGAGGCCCAGUCAACCUUCUUCAACAAGGAGUCGGUUCAGAAGGAUAUCAAAGCCACUGUGUCUCAGAAAGCUACGCUCAGCUGUGAGGUGUCUGAUACCAAGACAGAGGUUAAGUGGUACAAARAUGGCAAGCUGCUCACUUCUAGUAAGACGGUACAUACAGAGUCAAAAGGCAGAAGUCGGCAGGUUGUGAUAGAGAGCCUGGAGAAGAAAGAUGCUGGAGAAUAYAUCUGUGAGGCUGGUGCGGAAAAGCUUUCCUUCAAACUCCAAGUGGAAGACGUGCAGGCCCAGUCUGCCUUCUACAAAAAGGAUUCUGUGCAGAAAGAAGUGAAAGCCUCUCUUUCCCAGAAGGCCACCCUCAGCUGUGAGGUAGCGGACGUGAAGACAGAGGUGAAAUGGCACAAAGAUGGCAAGCUGCUCACUUCAACCAAAACAAUCCACACCGAAUCAAAAGGCAAGAUUCGCCAGCUGGUGAUUGAAAGCGURGACAGAAAAGAUGCAGGAGAGUAUAUUUGUGAGGCUGGGUCUGAAAAGCUGGCCUUUAAGUUGCAKGUUGAAGAGACCCAGCUUAAGUCAGUCUUCUUCAACAAGGAAUCUGUCCAAAAGGAGGUGAAAGCCACUCUGUCGCAGAAAGCCUCUCUGAGUUGCGAGGUUGCUGAUGCAAAGACAGAGGUGAAAUGGUACAAGGAUGGUAAGCUGCUGAAAUCCAGCAAAACCAUACACACAGAGUCAAAAGGCAAGAGUCGCCAGCUGAUGAUUGACAGUGUAGAGAAGAAGGAUGCUGGAGAAUACAUCUGUGAGGCCGGGACUGAGAAGUUGGCUUUUAAGAUUCAUGUGGCAGAAACUACAACUGUCUUCUCUAGCAAGGAAUUAGUUCAGAGAGAAGUGAAAGCUGCUCUCUCUCAGAAAGCCACUCUAAGUUGUGAAGUUUUAGACUCCAAAAUGGAGGUGAAAUGGUUCAAGGAUGGAAAGGUUCUCACUUCGAGUAAGGGGAUYCACAUGGAAUCAAAGGGCAAGAYCMGUGAGCUGGUAAUAGAMRGAAUGGAGAAGAAAGAUGCUGGAGAAUAUACCUGUGAAUCUGGAAGYGAUAAGCUGGUCUUCAAGCUGMAAUUGACAGACAUGGCUGUGAAGUUUAAGAAGCCUACCAAGGAUACAUUUGUUGUUGAAGCAAGUGAAAGAGUUGUUUUAACGGCUGAAGUGAACACAGAAGUUGGUAAUGUGAAGUGGUUCAGGGAUGGCGUGGAGAUAAAGGAGAGCAGCAAGUGGGAAAUACAAAAAGAUGGGCUUUCUCGCACUUUGACACUGAAAUCGGCAGAGACCAAAGACAGCGGAACRUACUCCUGUCAAACUCCAGAUGACAAAGUGGAAUUCAAAGUUCAGGUUAAAGAUUCAGCUUUGAAGUUUGUUGUUCCUUUGAAAGCUGCUACAGUGGAGUUAGGAGGAACACUCAGCCUAAUUUGUGAGCUAAAUCAGGCCUCAGGGGAUGUUCUCUGGCAGCACCAGGGCCGUGAAAUUAAACCUGGAAACAGGCACUGUGUCAGAACAGAUGGAGCUAAAAGGAUCCUCACUGUAACAGCAGUCACUAAAGAAGAUGAAGGGGAAUACAGCUGUGUGUGUAAAAAUGACAAGACCUCUGCUAAAAUAACUUCUAAAGCUCCAAGACUCGUGAGGUUGACCACUAAACUGAACAACGUUGCCGCAAUGGAGGGAAAGGACGCCAUUUUCAAAUGUGCGGUCACUCCGGCUGACGUCAAUGUUCGGUGGUUCCACAACAAUAUACCCGUCACUGCUGGGCCCAAGUACAAACCUGAGCACGGAGGUGGUAGCUUCGCACUGACCAUCACUUCAGUCACACAGAAAGAUGCAGGAGAAGUUAGUGUUGAUGCAGAAGGCAAAAGCUGCAAAGCAACUCUUCAAGUUCAGCGUGAACCUGUCACUUUUAAGAAAAAGCUGGAAAAUAUGACAGUGGAAGAAGAGAAUGAAGUGAAACUGGAAGUAGUGCUGAGUAAGCCUUCAGAUGAAGUCAAGUGGAUGAAGAACAGUGUUGUUGUGCAGCCCGCAGGAAACAUAGAGAUCCGAGUCGAAGGAGCAAAGCAGGCUYUAAUUUUCAAGAGAGUAACUUAUUCUGACCGCGGGAUAUACUCUUGUGAGACUCUGGAUGACAAGACUCAAGCAAAACUCACUGUUGAGAUGAAGAAGAUUCAGGUAAUAAAAUCUCUAACAGACACAAAAGCUCAUGAAACGGAGACAGUGACUCUUGAAGUGGAGCUGAGUCAAGCUGAUGUUGAAGGCUCGUGGACCAGAGAUGGGGCCAAGUUAAGGUCAGGGGCAAACUGCYGCAUCACGACCGUGGGAAAAAAGCAUACCCUGACGCUUUCCAAUCUGAAGAGAGAGGAUGCUGGGACUAUUUCCUUUCAAGCAGAGGGAGUCCAUACCUCAAGCAAACUGAUUGUCACAGAACCUCUUGCUAUGAUCUCCAAACCCAUAAUGGACAUCAAUGUUCCUGAGAAGGAAAAGGCAACAUUUGAAUGUGAAGUGUCUAGAAACAACGCAGAAGUUAAAUGGCUCAAGGAUGAUGUUGAACUGAAGCCAACAAAGAACAUUGCUAUUCAUUCCUUGGGCCGAAAGCGCUCAUUAGUUAUCAACAAAUGCACGCCUGAAGAUGGRGGCACUUACAUCUGUCGCACAACUGAUGAUAACACCUCUGCUAAGCUCACUGUGCAAGCCAGAGAUAUCAAGAUUGUUAAGAAGCUAGAAGAUGUGGAAGCGGUGGAGAAGGAGAGUGCUUCGUUUACCUGUGAAGUCUCUCAUGACGACGUGGAGUACCAGUGGUUCAGAGGAAAUGCUAAAAUUAAAGCCAGCGAAAAUGUCAAGAUGAGACAAGAGGGCAGAACGUAUGUACUGCUGUUUAAAUCUGUAACUCCUGAAGACAUGGGUGAAAUUCGAUUUACAGCUGAAAAAGCGUCUUCAGCUGCAAAACUUAAAGUGAAAGAACUGCCUGUCAAGUUUGUGAAGAAACUCAGGGAUAAGAUAGCGAUGUAUAAGCACCGUGCUCAUCUUGAAUGCCAAGUGUCACGUGCCAGUGCAAAAGUGAAGUGGUUCAAGAACAAGAUGGAGAUCAAAGCCAGCAAAAAGUACGAGAUCAAAGGUGAAGAUGUGUAUCGAAAGCUCACCAUCAAUGACGUGGAUUCUGGUGAUGAAGAUAUGUAUACCUGUGAUGCUACAGAUGACAAGACAUCCUGUAAAGUGCUUGUGGAAGAACAGUCCAUCAGUAUCGUACGGGAACUCAGUUCAGUCGAGGUGACGGAACCUUUUGCAGCUGUUUUUGAAGUUGAAGUCAGUAUGGAAUUAGUGAAACCUCCGAUUUGGACUUUGAGUGGAGUUCCUGUGCAGGAGGGUGUUGAUGUUGAGAUGGAGAAAGAAGGCACCAUGCAUCGUCUCACUUUUAAAAAGACCAAAGCGUCAAUGACUGGACCAGUUCAAUUCACUGCAGGGAAAAGCAAAUCUCUUGCUCAGCUCGCAGUCAAAGAGCGCCCACUUGAGAUCACUGAGCAUAUCAAAGAUGUAAAGGCAAAUGAAAAAAGCUCUGCUGCACUUGCUUGCAAAUUUUCUGCCACACCUAAAGAAGUGAAGUGGUUCAAAGGUCAGGUUCUUCUGGCAGUGUCAGAUAAAUACAACAUAAGACAAGAUGCUGCAAGGGCUCAACUUACUGUUCAAAAGUUGACUGAAGAAGACAGUGGGGAGUACCGCUGUCAGUCAGGUCCUGCUGAAACCAAAGGRACYUUAACUGUAGAAGUUCGAGAAAUAAAGAUCACCAAGCACCUARCUGACACAGAGGUUGAUGAAGACAGCGAUGCAAUGUUCACAUGUGAGAUCAACUACCCUGAUGAAGAUGCACAGUGGCUUCUGAAUGAGAAGGUCCUGUUCACCAAUGAGGUGAACACCAUCACACAUGAGGGCAAGGUCCACAAACUCACGCUGAAGAACUUGGCUCCUCAGGAUGGAGGAACUAUCACCUUUCAAGUACGCAAAGUGAAAGAAUCUGUCACACUGAAGGUUAAAGAGAAACAAGCAGUGUUCCUCAAGUCACUAGACGAUGUCACAGGAGAGGAGAAAGGCAUGAUAACUUUGACAUGUGAAGCAAACAAGCCAAGAGUUUCUCCAAUAUGGAGAAAAGAGGAUAAAGUGUUAAAAGCUGGACCAAAAUAUGAGCUCCUUCACACGGGCAAGUCUUUGGGCCUGAUUGUUAAGGAUGUGACCAAGGAAGAUGCUGGAGAAUACAGUUGUGAUCUUGGCAAAGAAGUCACAAAGGCAAAGGUCACUGUAAGAGAAAUUGGUAUCGGCAUCACAAAAAAACUGAAAUCUGCUGUGGUGAAUGAAGGAGACACAUGCAGCUUUGAGUGCAUUCUGUCACGCGAGAGCAUUGAUGACUGCUUGUGGUCCGUUAAUGGCAAAGCCGCUAAAAACGGAGGUCGCUAUAAGAUCUCCAGUCAGGGGCGAAAGUAUACUCUGACCCUGAAGGAUGUGACCCCUGCUGAUGCUGGUGAGGUGGUCUUCAGCAUUAAAGACCUGAGCUCCAAAGCGACACUAAAAGUUGAAGGAAAAGCUUCAUCUCUAUCAAYUGGGCUUCAGAAUGUUUCUGUUGUGUGUAGCGAAGAUGCUGUUUUUGCCUGYGAGGUAACACAGGCUAGUUUUACAGUAAARUGGGCCAAAGAUGGUAAAGCCAUCAGAACAAGCAAGAAGUAUGAGAUCAGUCAACAGGAGAAGCUCAUGAAGCUGACCAUUCRCAAUGUGUCUGCUGAAGAUUCUGGGGAGUACAGCUGUGAAGUUGUUGGAGGUGCAACCACAAGAGCCAAGCUGGAAAUUAAGGAACCGAUCCAUAAAUUCACCAAAGCGCUUGAGGACAUCCAAGCAGAUGAGCGGACCUCUGUGACCUUACGUUGCGAAACGGCACAAACUCCAUCCACGGUGACGUGGCUGAAAGGCCACACAGAGCUCAGGGCUGGAGGUCAAUACGAGAUGUCCCAGAAGGACAAGGUCCUAACUCUCAUCAUUAAACACCUGGAGGAGAAGGACACCGACAUCUACACAUGUGACGUGGGCACUGCGAAAAGCAUGGCAAAGGUGACUGUGAAAGCAUUGCCAACGACAUUUGUGAAAAAGUUGGAGAGCCAAGAGGUUGAGGAAGGAGCCAGUGUUACUUUGCAUUGUGAGCUCUCCAGACCUGGAGUCUCUGUGGAGUGGAAGAAGGGAACACAAGUCCUGAAUUCUGGAGAGAAGUACCAGAUGAAGCAGAAGGCCUCUGUGAAUGAACUCAUUAUUAACAAAGUGGUGCCAGAAGACAGUGGAGACUACAGCUGUKUSUGUGGAGACCAGAGGACCACAGCCAACCUCAAGAUCAAGGCCCAACCGGUGACCUUCAAACAGAAGUUGGAGAGCCAAGAGGCUGAGGAAGGAGCCAGUGUUACUUUGUGUUGUGAACUCUCCAAACCUGGAGUCUCUGUGGAGUGGAAGAAAGGAGCACAGGUUCUGAAGUCUGGAGAGAAGUACCAGAUGAAGCAGAAGGCYUCUGUGAAUGAACUUGUUAUUAGCAAACUAUUGCCAGAAGACAGUGGAGACUACAGCUGUGUGUGUGGAGACCAGAAGACCUCAGCCUGCCUCAAAAUCAAGGCAGCACCAGCGAUCUUCAAACAGAAGUUGGAGAGCCAGGAGGCUGAAGAGGGAACCAGUGUUACUUUACGCUGUGAGCUCUCUAAAACUGGAAUCCAUGUGGAGUGGAAAAAGGGAACACAGGUCCUGAAGUCUGGAGAGAAGUACCAGAUGAAACAGAAGGCCUCUGUGAAUGAACUCAUUAUCAACAAAGUGGUACAAGAAGACAGUGGAGAUUACAGCUGUGUCUGUGGAGACCAGAGGACCACAGCCAACCUCAAGAUCAAGGCCCAACCAGUGACCUUCAAACAGAAGUUGGAGAGUCAAGAGGCUGAAGAAGGAGCCAGUGUUACUUUGCGUUGUGAGCUCUCCAAACCUGGAGUCUCUGUGGAGUGGAAGAAGGGAACACAGGUUCUGAAGUCUGGAGAGAAGUACCAGAUGAAGCAGAAGGCCUCUGUGAAUGAACUCAUUAUUAACAAAGUGGUGCCAGAAGACAGUGGAGAUUAUAGCUGUUUGUGUGGAGACCAGAAGACCUCAGCCAACCUCAAGAUCAAGGCUGUGAAGCUGUCUCCGCCUCCUUCUGCUGCUAAACCAGAACCCAAAACUCUGGAGACCAAAGAAAAAACUGAAGUCAAGGUCGGUGAAGUUAAAAGCAUUGAGCAGAAGAAGCAGGAGAUAAAUGAAACUGUAGAAGCUGUGAUCCUGCUAUCUACUGGUGAAGCCCCUAAACAGCAACUACUGAAAGAGGAAAAUCAGAGAAGCUCAAGAGAAUUUGAUACGGAACAUGAAGUCCUAGGUGAGAAGACUGUUAAACAAGCUGCUCAGAGUGAAGAGACCAAAAUCCAGGCACAAGUUGUUCAAGUCAUAUGCAUUAAAGACCUGGAAAGCCGUGUAUCAGAGGAGGGAGCAAACAUCACCCUGCACUGUGAGCUUUCUAAACCCGGAGUCCCUGUACAGUGGAAAAAAGGACCUGAAGUCUUGAGUCGUGGAGAAAAGUACCAGUUGAAGCAAACUGGAUUACGUUACGAGCUACAGAUCUUUGAUUUGACUCCUCAAGACACAGGAACCUAUUCGUGCUGCUCAGAAGACAUAUUAAGCUCUGCAUCUCUUGUAGUAAAUGCCUCCCCGGUGCUUUUCACACGCGAGUUGGAAAGUCAGACUGUGGAAGAGGGCCAGAGUGCCAYAUUACAGUGUGAGCUUUCCAAGUUAGGUGUUUCUUUGGAGUGGAAGAAAGGAGAACUUGGCCUUUGCCCUUGUGGAAAAUAUGAAAUUAGACAAACAGAGAACCUGGCUACGCUAAUAAUCCAUGAUGUAGAACCAGAGGACUCUGGAAGUUACACAUGUGACACUGGUGAACAUCAAAGCACUGCAAAGCUAUCUGUGAAGGCCAAACCUGUCCUUUUCAAAACUAAGCUACAAAACCUGGAAAGACAGGAAGGGGAUUCUGUUAGCUUUUGCUGUGAGGUCACCAAAGUGGGAGCCAGUGUGGUCUGGAGGUGUGGUGACAAGGUGCUGACAGCCAGUAGCAAAUACCAACUGAAGCAGGAAGGGACUGUGGUCCAGCUUGUUAUCUAUAAACUGCAGCUAAGCGACGCAGGAGAAUACUCCUGUGAUACAGGCUUCCAGAAGACUUCAGCAGCCCUUAAUGUUAAUGCCGCUGAGGUUCUGAUUUUGAAGUUUUUGGAGAGCUGCGUUGUUCACGAGGGGGAAGAUGUCCACUUUGAGUGUCAGCUUUCUCAUGAKGAGGCUCCACAGAUACAGUGGAAACUCCAGGAUGUCCCYCUGCAAAAUAACGAGAUGAAUCUGAUAAGGUCUGAGGGCCGGGUGCACAGCCUCACACUUAGAGGUGUCACAGCCUCUGACUCUGGAACAGUCACUUUCACUGUAGGAAACCACACCUCCACUGCUUCUCUCACAGUCAGAGUGCCACCAAUAUCCUUUAAAAAGGAGCUGGAAAGCCAAGAGGCCAGAGAGGGAGGAGAGACAACACUGUCCUGCGAGACAUCAAGCCCUGACUGUAAGGUGACCUGGUGGAAGGGCUCAACUGUCCUCUCUCAGGGAGAGAAGUACACCAUUCAACAGAGAGCUAUCACUCACAGCCUGGUGAUACACAAGCUGGUCAAGGAGGACAGUGGUGAAUAUACAUGUGAUACAGGAGACAAGAAAAGUACCGCUAGGCUGACUAUUAAAGAGCAUGUUCGCAUUGUCCGUGAGCUCCAUGAUGUUACCGUGACCACCGGUCAGGACGCCGUCUUUGAGGUCGAGCUGUCACAUGUAGGCGUCACUCAUGGGGAAUGGUGGCUCGGAGACAACCUCCUUCAAAAUAACGAUCUGAAUCAAAUGAGCGUUCAGGGCAGAGUUCACCGACUGGCUCUGAAGAUGGUAACCACAGAUGAGUCAGGUGAUGUUGCCUUUGUCGUUGGUGAGGAGAAGAGUGUGGCUUGUCUUCUGGUUGAGGAGAAACCCAAAGUGGUAAUAUUAGAGAAACCUCAUAACGCUGCAGCAGUAGAGGGAGAAACCGUCACAUUCAGUUGCUCCCUCUCCGACUCCAAUGCCUGUCUCACUUGGAUGAGGAACAAUAUACCAAUCCAAGCUGGCAUAAAGUAUGACCUGAAGAAGAACGGCGCGUUGCAUCAGCUCCGAAUUCACAACCUGGUCCCAGAGGAUUCAGGAAUAUACAUCUGUGAAACUGGAGAUGCACAGUGUGAAGUUACUUUAACAGUGCAAGGUGCCCCAGUGUUCUUCAAGAAWGAGCUCAAGAGCCAGGACGCCAUAGAGGGUGAUGAUAUCACCCUACAGUGUGAGUUGUCUAAGCCAGGUGUCCGUGUUGAGUGGAGGAAGGGAGGUAUUGUCCUCCAACCUGGUAAGAAGUAUGAAAUGAAGCAGGAGGGGCGCAUUCAAGAGCUCUGUAUUCAUAGCCUGGAACCUGAAGACAGUGGUUACUACACCUGUGAUGCAGGAGAGCAGCUCACUACAGCUUCUUUGGCAGUGCAAGUGAAAGAAGUCUUCAUUGUUACUGGUCUUAAGACCACUGACGUCUUUGUUGGGGAAUGGGCAACGUUCUCCUGCCAGCUUUCUGGUCGGGCGUCUGGUAAGGUGCAGUGGUGGCUGGAUGGCACCUUGCUGGAGACCAGCCCCUGUAUUGAUAUAGGGGUGGAACAGGGCUUUAUCCACACACUCACCUUUAAGAACCUGGCUACAGAUGACUCAGGCACUGUCACCUUCAAAACGGGCAACUUAACCUCAUCAGCCAAGCUCUUAGUCAAAGAUCCCACGGUUGAGGUGGUGAACGAUAUGGAGGACCUUUGGGUGGUUGAAAACCAACCGGCUGAGUUCAUCUGCCAGUUCUCCAGGCCAGUCAAAGCUCAGUGGAGGAAAGAUGGGCAGCUUUUGCAGCCUGAUGGCCGAAGGGUGGUAGUGGAGCAGGACUGGACUGUUGCUCGCUUGUACAUUAACCGUGUUUCCGGUGCCGACAUGGGAACAUAUUCCUGUGAGGCAGAGGGUACCUCUGUGGUCGCUUCACUUCAUGUGGAAGGGAAACCCAUUAACAUUGUCCAAGGCCUGGAAAACGUGGAAACAUUUGAUGGGGGCGAAGCGUUGUUCGAGUGUGCCCUUUCUCGCCCUGAGAGCAAAGACUGUCACUGGCUUCUUGAUGGAAAACCAGUAAAGGAAUCACCUAAAGCAGAGAUUGUGUCUUUUGAAAGUGGUCGACGUCAUCUGCUGCUCCUGAAAGAUCUGCACGACAAAGACAGUUGCACAGUAACAUUUAAAGCCGGAACAGCUUCCAGUUCUGCCCAGCUCACUGUCAAAGGCUGGAAACUGGAGAUCGUGCAGGGUUUGGAGGACAAAGUGGCCGCUGUAGGAGAGAAGGYUGAGUUUUGUGUUAAGCUUACUGAGCCUGUUCCUGCAGCAGAUGUGACRUGGUACGCUAAUGGAGUUGAACUAAAACCCAGCGACCUCUGGGCUAUGAGGGUUGACGGCAGUUCUUAUCGUCUUGUCCUGAGGCAGGCCCCACUCAUGCCCCAACAAGAAAUUACCUUUGCAGCUAGGGAUGCACUUUCUUUGGCCAAGCUUACCAUCAUCACUGUACCUGACCCCCCAGAGGAUCCAGAAGUCCUCCGUAAAACCACAGAGUCUGUCACUCUCUCCUGGUUUACUCCUCUUCACGAUGGAGGGAGUCCCAUCAUUGGCUACAGRGUGGAGAUGCGACUUGUAGACAGCGCCCUCUGGCUUCCAAGUCAUUCUGAGCCUGUUUGCAACACAGAAUUUGCUGUGGAAAAACUGGUGCCUGGGAGUGGCUACAGGUUCAGAGUGGCAGCAAUUAACAAAGCUGGCCCUGGAGAGCCCGUUGAGCUCCCUCUGACAGUGCAGCUUGAUGUAAAACAGAUAAAAGUAAUGGAACAGCCGAGUCUACCUCCAGACUCUGCUGAGGAAGGGGAACUCCAUGAUCUGUGGGAUGCAUCAGCAAAGAAACGUCGCAUGAGCAGAGAGCCCACUCUGGACUCCAUCUCAGAGCAGCCUGAAGACAGUAGCAAAGGCGGCAAAAAACAGCAGAAAGAGUCUGUGUCAUCAGAAAAAGUAGAAGUCACAGGAGCGGAGAAAGAGCAGGUCGUUGUGUCCAAGAAACAGACAGAAUCCGUUCAGUCCAUCAGCUCCGAGAAUGAGACUGUCACUGGCGGCUCUUCACUUGUGUCUUACCUGAAAAAGAGCAGCAAGACUGAAGCAACAGCAACCAGUGAGGCAGAGACUCUGACAGCAGAGAAGUUCUUUGCUCAUUUCCAAAUGGUAGAGCAGAAAACAGUGCAGCAGACUGAAGCAAAAACAACAAUAAUCCAAAAAACAGAUGAAAAGCACCUGUCUACUCAGGAGACCAGUAUCAUGGAGAUUACAAAAGAGGAGGAGCCCGAGCUGACAGAUGCUGCCAUCAAGAUUCAAGCUGCUUUUAAGGGUUACAAGGCUCGCAAGGACAUGCGUCCCAUCUUUAAGGAGGUCUUUAAAGACCAAACCAAAGAACCUAAUGACACCAUACAUCUCGAAUGUGUGUCAGAAGGUAAACCAGAAAAGGUGCGCUGGCUGAAGGACGGUGAACCGCUGAUGGACGGCAAACAUCAUCAUAUUGAUAUCUACAAUGACGGCACCUGCGCUCUGGUCAUUACUGCCAUCACCACAAAAGACACUGGGGUUUACACCUGUGAGGUCACCAACAAGUUUGGAGUGACGUCUCACAGCGCUAAGGUGACAGUGGGAACGGUGAGGGAGUCGUCAGGCCGACGACCUCUGACAAUAGGUUACAGUGCCGACAGUGAACCCGAGAGCUCUUCCGGUAGUGAGAUGGAUGAGUCGCUGAGACAGGCGAGCAGACGCCUGAGGCGCCUUCUUCGCACACGACUCCCACCCGACGUUGAGGAGGAACCAUUUAUCAGCGCAGACGAGGGCGACUUGCGUGCCCCAGAUCCUCACUCUUACCGGGAGGAUGAAAAUUACAUCUACAUUCGCUUUGAUUCCCAAUCAGAGGCUGAGAUYGCCUCUAAAAGAUUCCAGGAGAUGUUCACGGUCCACGGCGUACCYGUAGAAACCGCCAUCGUAGCAGCGGGGACUCACAAAGUAGAGCUGCGAAUUAGAAAGAUGGGCUACAUUCAGGAUGGCACACAGACCCCAACACAGGAUCGACAGCCUCCUGCUUUAUUGACUGGAGCUCCAGCUGCUCCAGUAUUCCUGACGGAGCUACAGAGUCAGGAUGUUCCUGACGGCUAUCCAGUCAGCUUUGACUGCGUUGUGAUUGGCAAGCCCCCUCCCACUGUUCGCUGGUAUAAGGAUGGCAAGCUGCUGGAGGAAAAUGAUCAUUACAUGAUCAAUGAGGACCAAGAGGGCUGCCACCAGCUCAUCAUCACCUCCGUCUUGCCCACUGACAUGGGCGUUUAUCGCUGCACAGCCGAAAACAGCAGUGGAAUUGCCGCCACUAAAGCUGAACUUAGAGUUGACAUGUCGUGCAGCUCAGAUUAUGACACUGCUGCAGAUGCCACUGAGACCUCGUCGUAUGUCAGUGCUAAAGGUUAUGUGUCCAGUAGGGAAACUGAAACAUUUGAAUCCGUAAGUGAAGACGAUCAGCUUCCACAGGUUGUGCACGAACUUCACGAUGUUCAUGUCAGUCCAGGUUCGCCUAUUGCUAAAUUGCAACUCAAAGUAAAAGGGUUUCCUAAACCGAGAGUGUACUGGUUCAAAGAUAGCCAGCCUCUCCGACCGUCAGAGAGGAUUCAGCUUUUAGCAGAGAGAGAUCUUCAUGCUGUGGAGAUCCUGGAAGUGAAGAGAGAGGACAUGGGAGAGUACUCUGCUUAUAUCAGCAAUGCRGCCGGUUCUGCUUAUUCCUCCGCCCGGCUGAUAGUACUGAGUCCUGGGGAGAUUAUGCCACAGGAUAAAAAGGAUUCUAAGGAGCCGCUGGUGCCUCCACGCUUCAUUGAGAGGUUCAGCAAUAGGAAGGUGAAACAAGGAGCAAGCAUCACUCUCUCUGUCAAGGUCGAAGGAUCUCCUACUCCCAUGGUCUCMUGGCUGAAGGAGAAAUCAUCAGAGGAUGUCUUGUGGAUUAAACCUGACACUAAAGGAUACAAAAUAGCCAGCUCUGGUCGCCARCAUAGCCUCAUACUGAUGGACGUAGACAAAGAGUAUACUGGCGUCUACACCUGCAUAGCUACAAAUAGAGCAGGGCAGUCGCUCUGCAAUGCUCAGCUUGAGGUGGAUGACACACCACACCUGAAGAAGAAUACUGCAGCUUCAGAGAUCCUCGGGAUUACAGUUAGUCCUCCACAAGAAGAGGCUGGCAGAGGAAGUGAGGGUAAAAUGCCGUACUUAGGUGAAGUUGGCACAGAGGAAUUCCUCAUGAAGCUCACUUCUCAGAUCACCGAAAUGGUUUCAGCAAAGAUCACACAAGCUUCACUGCGAGUACCAGGUGUGGACAGUGAUGAUGAGACCAAAACUCCUUCUCCAUCUCCCCAUCAUGGUCGCUCUCGUCCACCUUCCCUCAUCGCAGAUUCCUCCUCAGAGUCAGAUGAAGGAGAUGCCAGAGGAGAGAUGUUUGACAUUUAUGUGGCAUCUGCGGACUACAAUCCCACCUUUGCAAGCAAAGACUCCAUCUCUCUCAAAGAGGGACAGUAUGUGGAGGUCUUGGACUCAGCUCAUCCUCUUAAAUGGUUGGUCCGGACCAAACCCACCAAAACAACGCCAUCACGACAAGGCUGGGUGUCACCGGCCUACUUGGACAAAAAACUUAAACUCUCAGCGGAUGCAGGAGAUCUUCCAGAAACAAGCGUAGAAGAGGUUUCUGAAGCAGAAUACAAGCGGAAGUUAUUCCAGCUGAUGCAGGACCUGAUAAAGGGAGAAUCCGAGUUUGUCAAGGAGGUGGAAUUCUUCACUUCUCACCACAUGAAGCACGCCGACAGCCCGGAUGCUCCACCUGACGUCUGCAGCCAGAAAGAGACCAUCUUCAGAAACGUUGAUGACAUCAAGUCCUUCCACAGCAAGACAUUCCUUCCAAAGUUGCACGACUGUGACACAGAUGAUGAUGUAGCAAUGUGCUUCCUGAAAAGCAAGGAAGGAUUUGAACAUUACCUCCAGUAUCUUGUAGGACAGAGCCAAGCCGAAUCUGCUGUCAGUGACAAAGCUGUCCAUCGUUUCUUUAAGCAGUGCUCUGAGAAAGAGCAGGUGACUGCAGGCCCUGGGGAUCCUCCAGUUCGAAGCAUAAAUGCCUACCUGCAGCAGCCCCUCGAGAGGAUUCAGAAGUACAAGGCCUUCCUUAAGGAUCUCAUCCGAAAYAAAGCAAGAAACGGCCAGAACUGCUGCCUCCUGGAAGAGGCGUACGCCAUGGUGUCUGCACUCCCUCAGCGUUCAGAGAACACUCACCACGUCUCUCUGAUCGAGAACUAUCCUGCCACCCUUGAAGUUCUUGGAGAACCAAUCAGACAGGGACCUUUCCAAGUGUGGGAGGGAGCGCCCGGAAUUAGAACAUCCUCUAGGGGUCACCACCGCCACGUCUUCCUCUUUAGGAACUACUGUAUCAUUUGCAAACCCAAAAGAGACAGCAACACUGAAACGCAGGCAUAUGUUUUUAAGAACAUGAUGAAGCUGAAUAACAUCGAUGUGAACGAAACGGUGGAAGGUGACGACCGGGCCUUUGAGAUCUGGCACGAACGGGAGGACUCUGUGAGAAAAUACACUUUACAGGCCCGAACGGUCAUCAUCAAGAACUCCUGGCUGCGAGACCUCAGGGAGCUGCAGCAACGCUACAGCAUGCCUGCAUGGAGUUCACCUGAUUUUGUAGAAAUUUUGGCAAACUGCACAGCAGAGUUGGGUCAAACAAUUAAACUCGCCUGCAAAGUUACUGGGGUGCCUAAACCUGUAGUCACCUGGUAUAAAGAUGGACGGACAGUAGAGGCAGAUCCUCAUCACAUCAUCAUUGAGGACCCUGAUGGCUCCUGCACGCUGAUCCUAGAUAACAUGACUGCAGAUGAUUCCGGCCAGUACAUGUGCUUUGCAACAAGCCCAGCAGGAAACGCAAGUACUCUUGGAAAAAUCACUGUUCAAGUGCCUCCUCGCUUUGUAAAUAAAAUGAGAAAUGCUGUCUUCGUUGCUGGUGAAGACGCUCAGUUCACUUGUGUGAUACAAAGCRCCCCCAGCCCAAAAAUAAGGUGGUUCAAAGAUGGCCGACUAUUGACUGACCAGGAGAARUAUCAGACCUACAGCGAGGUCCGUAGUGGGGUUCUGGUUCUGGUUAUUAAAAAUCUGACUGAGAGAGACCUGGGACACUAUGAGUGUGAGCUGUCAAACCGCCUGGGCAGUGCCAAGUGUGCUGCAGAUUUAGUUGUUCCUUCCGCUGUGGCCCGCAGUGGAGAGCACGCCAUCACCAUCGAAGUUACCGAACAGGAGACUAAACUACCAAAGAAGACCAUUAUAAUCGAGGAGACGAUUACCACUGUUGUGAAGAACCCACGCAUGAGGAGACACAGAUCUCCAGGCUUGACUGUUCUUGGAGCCCACCGCUCUGAGACCUCCACCCCUGAGCCACCUGCAACCAGGCCAAGAAGGAUGCCCACCCCGAAAAAGACCACCAUUCCAACCCUCUAUGUUACUGAGCCCGAGGGGGCUGGAGCCAGGGCAGUGGAGAGCAGGCCCAGGUGGGUUGAAGUGGAGGAGGUCAUCGAGUAUAAGGUCAAUAAGUCUCCCAGGCUGCCCAGGAGAAGAGGAAUCUCACCUGCAGGCUCCGAUCGUGCAGCCACCCCCUCCAGACCUAAGAGGUCCCCCCUGGACAACUUGAAUGCCAACAACUCAAACAACAAGCAGGUGGAGCAGGCGCAGGAGCAUCUGAAGGGAGACAUCAGCAGCCAGAGUGUCUCCUGGGAGGAAGACGAGCCUCAGAUCGCCUCAGGCUCUGCUUCGAGAGAACCGCGUGARCUUUCAUCUGUCCUAACACUUACUGAAGACGCUGAUGACCAGGAGGAUCAGCAAACUGUUAUCUUUGAACCGGAGGAUGAGGAUACUGAGGAGCCUGAACCAGUGGUUCUGAGACAAGGAGAUCGUAUUUUGAACCUGGAAGACUUGGAGGAUUACAUCCCAGGAGAAGGUGAAACCUACGGCUCCUGUCGUGUCUCUGAUGAGAAACCCUGUGAGAUUUCUGUCCUUCAGAGGGAGAUCGGGGGGUCCCAAGUGGGACAGCCUGUGCUUCUCAACGUGGGGCGCCCUGAUAUUGUUCCAAGGCAGAGAGGCGGCUUCUUUGGCCGCUUCAGGGAGCAUCUCUCCAMCAAUCUUUUCCCCUCUGCCUCUCCGCAAGGAAGCGGAGCUCGCCCCCGAACUGAGAGACAAGUCCCAAUCCAAGUGAGCCACGCAAAGCUAGAGGUGAAGCCCUCCUACUGCUCCGAGGUGCAGAGAGUAGAGGGGGGGCAGCAGAGCUUUAAAACCAAAGUGUCCACUCAAACCUACGGCUACACAUCAGUCGGAAAGCCUGUCACUCUUCAAAUUAAAGAAAAGCCCUUUCAAAGCCAGUAAACAUAUUCUAAUUGGUGACACAAAUCCUUAGUCUUAAAUGGAUACAUUUCUGCUUGCAUGGUUAAAAUAAUCUAACAAAAUAAUAUCUACUACAUUUAACAAACCAUUCCGUCUUUAAGCAGCCAGUCAGAAAAUAGUCUGAUCCUCAGUUGUUUUUGUGGGAUUCAGAGUUUUCUUUAGGCUAGGGAAUGUGGAAACUGCAAAUUGUAGGGAUACGUAUGUCUCUAUAGGCAAGUUUCAGUCUCGUUCUGUCAUUUGAACUGCUGCACGACAUGCAGCAUGAAUUAARUGGACAGAUGAUAAGGAUAUAUGUUACUGUUCAUGAGUUGGACGUUCGUUUUCAUAGAUGUCCUGUCAUAAAAUCAUUAUGUCUGCAAUAGUAACUCAUCCAACCAGUGACAUUUUGAACACCUCUGACUUUAUUUCUGGAUUGUCAUUAAAUGCAUAUUAGUGUCAUAUCAUCAGGUUUUUUUUUUUGUACUUUUCAGAAACGUUUUUGUUUCACAGCGUCUUUCAGCUUUGAAACUGAAAAUACAAUGAACAGUGAAGACUUUGACCUUCUGCACUGCUURCUGUUGUUUAGGUUUAAUCACUGGUGUGCAAUUAAAUUAUAGACAAAYUUUGGUGUAGAUGUAUGAAUGAUUCCCUGGUGAGCUUUAGAUCGCUUAGUUUUUUUUUCCAGGUACCAUCGACUAAGUAGUAGUUGAUACCUGAAACAUACAUCCAUACUCUAUCAUUUGCUUUUCUUUUUUUACAAAGCUUCUUUGACAAAUUUGGGCCUUUUGAUGUUUUGCAGUUGCCCGCRAACUCACAGGGUUUAACAAGGGCGUCCUUUUGUGUGUCAGUGACAUAUUUAUGAGUGACUGCAUGUAUUUGCUUUGUAAACCAAACAUGUUAAGCAGAACUGUCAUGUAUUUACGUGAAAACAUUGAAAGACCUGAAAUUCCAGGACUUCACUACUUUCUUGGAAGACGUUGCUGUGUUUGUGUUCCUAUAAUAAGGUGUCAUCGACUGGGUAUGGACUAUGUAUGUUAUGAUGUUUUAGGUCUAGCAGAUUGUAAUUGCUUKCAAUGUUCAUGUGGAGUUGUGGAUAAUAAUGAGGUUGAGCACAAGUGUUAAAUAAAUGUACAGAAAAUACUUAAGAUUA